AUGCCUGUAUCAUUCAAUAUUCAUCGCCAAGGCCUUCCUAUUCCUGAUGACCAGCUUCCUAUCCGACUGGGUCAAAUUUUAAUACCUCCUCAUCUACACAAAUUUUUGUAUAUUAAAGAAGGUCAAGCAAUUAGGGCAACCGCUUCGGAACUAUUUGAGCUUAUUGCUUGCUUCCACCCUUCUACCGACUUCAAUAUUCAUUAUACCGAUUUACGCUCUUUCUAUGAGAUCCAUGGAUUUCGAGACCAACAUCAUGAAGUUCUCUACUGGAUGAAGAAAGACUGUGGAGAGAUGAUUCUUGCUGAGAUGCACUUGAGUAAAUCGCCUUCAAUCACCAGCGAAUUGUUAGCUUACAGUGUACUUCCAGCGGAUCCAAAGAGUCUCCCUUAUGAGACAUCUACAUAA